AUGACUGAAACUACACAAGCACAGUUAGAUACUAUCAGUAAUGAUAAUAAGGAUAGAAAAGAAUUGGUCACGUUAAAAGAAGGAGAACAUGAUGCAAAAAAGGUUAUGAAACUAACCGAAUGUAAAAAAGAAGAAUUAUCACGAUUAGAAUCAGCUGGAAAUACUCCAAGACGAGUUAAAGUUUAUUUAUUAAAAGGCGAUGAUUGGUUAGAUAAUGGUACUGGUUUUUGUGUUGGUCAAAUUGAUAAGGCUAAAAAUGCUGCAUGUUUUAAAGUUACUAACGAACUGAAUUCUGAUGAGAUUUUGUUACAGUCUUAUUUAGAAGGCCUGAUACAAUAUCAAAGACAACAAGAUACUUUAAUAGUAUGGACAGAUCAAAAUGGGUGUGAUUUAGCUUUAAGUUUUCAAGAAUCGGAAGGUUGCGCUGAUUUAUGUGAUUUUAUAAUUAAAGUUCAACAAAAUAAUUUAAGUCCUGAUAUUUCAUUAUAUUAUGUUAUACCUAAUGUUUCUGAAGGUGAAAAUAUUACUGAGUUAAUAACGGGUCCUGUUAAAUAUCCACCUGAAAUACCUACUAUGGAAAAUUUAAAUUUAAUAUUGGAAAGAAUUAAUCAAGGUUCAACUGCACAAUUUACAAGAUCAAAUAUACUGGAAUAUUUACUAGAUAUUGAUUAUUUUUAUAAACUAAAAACCAUAUUUGACCAAUCUGAAAAUGAGAAGAAUUUGACCAAUCUACAGUUAUUAAGUGAUAUUAUAAAAUCAUUAUUUUCGUAUAAUGAAUCACCAUUAUUAGAAAGUAUGUUGGAUUCUGAAGAGAAAAUAUUAGUUCUAGCUAGUAUAUUAGAAUAUGAUUCUGAAUAUCCAGAUUAUAAAGCUGAUCAUCGAGAAUUUUUAAAUAAUAAACCGUUUAAAACUGUUGUUCCCAUUGAUAAUGUCAGUAUUUUUAAAAAAGAUUUUUAUCUUACAUUUAUGAAAGAUGUUGUAAUUGCUAGAUUCGCAGAUGAUUCAACUUAUAAUUUUAUAAAUUCAUUAAUUUAUUCAAAUCAAAUUGAAAUUUUUAAAUAUGUUAAACAAUCAAGCAUAUUAGAAAAAAUAUUUAUAAUGUAUGAUGAAGAAAAUGAACAAUUAAGUGAUGUUGAUUUAAAACGAGAUGGUGUUCGAAUGUUACAUCAAUAUGUAUUAAUUGCAAAGUCUUCCCAAAAGCAAGAUUUCUUUCCAUUAUUAGUUAAGGCUGGUGUUUUUAAAAUGAUUAGAUUUGCAUUACAAGAUGAACUAGAUAGUAUACGAGUAUUAGGAACUGAAUUAAUUGUAAUUAUAAUUGAACAAGAUGUAUCAUUAGUUAAUUCAAUAGAUCAUGAGGAAACAACAAUUGAUAAUUUAGAUCCACCAUCAAUUGAAAUACCUAAAAAUGAUGAAAAUGAAAUAGAUCAUGAUGACACUUUAACUUCAAAAGAAUCAAGAUUAAAAUUAUCUGAUGAUAUGACUUUAUUUACAAUGUUAAGUAAAUUAUUAGUUGAAGAUUCCAAAAAUAGUAUUAAAAUUCAAGCAUUUGAAGCUUUAAAAACUUUAUUAGAUUCAAAUAUUGCAAAUAGUUCAAGUGCAGGCACUACUGAACAAGAUCAAUUAAAUUCAAAUAAUUUUAAUGGUGAAGAAUUCAGAGAAAUAAAUACAAAUAACUAUUUUAAAGCAUUUUAUUCACAAGUUGCACCUAAAAUAUUUGAAAAAAUUAUAAACCUAAGAGAUUCCACUAUUGUUUCACUAUCAGAUAAUUCAUUAUUUCAAUUAUCAUGUGAAUUGAUUUCAUUUUGUACAAGAGAACAUGAAAUUCAUUUAUCAAGACCAUUUUUUUUAAAUAAUAAUGUAUUAUUAGGAAUAUCAAAAUUAUUAAUUAAUCCCGAUGUUAAAACAAUUUUAAAGUUACAUGUUAUACGAUGUUUGAAAAAUAUUAUAUUAUUAAAUGAUUCAUCAUAUAUUAAAUACAUCAUUUCAGAAAAUUUACUAUCAUUUUUUUUCAAAUAUUUUGAAUCUAUAGUUGAUGAAAAUUCACUAUCAAAUUCAACAUGUUUAGAUUUAUUAGAAAUAAUUACGAAAAAUAGUGAUUCAAAAUUGAAUUAUAAAUUAUUGGCAAAAUAUAUUUAUGAAAAAUGGUCAGAAUUUAUAAAACUAAAAGUUGGUUAUGUUAGUCUAGGUAAGGAAUUUUUAUUAAUGGUUGAGAAUAAUUUUUAUGAAUCAAAAUCAAAUGGAAUUGCCCUUGGUGCAAGUAAUUAUGAUUUAGUAACUACUGAUGAUUUAAGUAUAUCGGAUGAAGAAUUGAUAAACAAUGUAUCUACUCCCUUAAAUGAAGAUGAUCAUUCUGAAGAAAGUGCAAUUAGUAAAAAUGACGAAAAUAAAAAUGAAAAAGAGAAAGAAGAAAGUAAUGGGAAGAAUAAACAUAAAAUUGAAAUUAAAAAUGAAAAUAAUGGUAAUGAAAAUGGUUCAAAACGACCUAAGAAUAAUUCCAAUAAUGAAUUUGAUGAAAAAUGUAAUAAUACUAAGAUUGAUAGUAACAAAUGUUUUCUAGUUUGUAAUAAUACUCCAUAA